AUGACUUGUACAUUUUCUGUCAAGUUGAUUGUUAGUGUUGUCACUUUGCUUUGUUUAAUUCACUUUUCCAGUGUUUGUAAUGCUAAAAGGAUGCUUAGGGAGUCUAAGAUAGGAGAGGAAAAUAAUUACCAAGGGAAAGGAAAGGAAAAUGACAACUUAUUUAAGGAGGAAAAGGAUGAUUCAGCUUCUCCUUCUCCAGCUACACCAAACAUUGGAGGAUUUCCUUUUCCAUUCAAUUUUCCACCCUUUUCUGAUGGAAUUCCAAAUAUACCCUUCAAUUUCCCAUUUCCUGACUUUGGGUUUCCACCCGCAUCAGGAGGAGGAUUGCCUGGUUUUGGAAUUCCUGGUACUGGUGAUAAUAACCCAUUUUCUUUUCCAAUCCCUGGAGUUCCGAAUGUUGCUGUUCCACCCCCAGCAGCCGUCCCUUAA